AAAACAGUCUCCAUUAAAAAGAAGACUUCACGUGACGGGAAGCUGUUUCGUCAAACCGCCACCAUGCAGCUUCAUGUCCAUUCUCCCCUCCAUAGGCAAAUCGCAGAUAAGGGUGCCCGCGAGGGAAUUUGGACGAUUGGGACCGACAACGAACCACCCAGCCGACCACCCUUCCACCAUUCAGACGCCAGACCUACCGACCCGUCUGGAUAGCCAGCCAUACCUACAUCGGAUCGAAGCUAUACCUACGAAAUUACGACUCCCGAACCUAUCCGCGCCUGACCUAAGGGCAACUUACAUAUCCAUACGCACACAACCCCUCCCCCUCCGUUUCCGACCACGAUAUGCGGCCGACGCUCCGACUCUUAGCGGCAGUCAAGCCAGGCGCUGCUGCCGCUGCCGCGAGCGGGGCGCGGUACCUAGAGGCGGGGACACCGACGGGGCUGACGGGGCUGUUGACGCACCCGUCGCCGCGGUCGUCGCUGAUCUACCUGUACACGCGGACGCUAGAGAAGCUGUCGACGGGGCCAUCGGCGCCGCCAGCGUCGUCGCUGUACCGGCGGUCGGUGGAGGCGGUGACGCGGCACCGGCUGGCGGUGGUGGAGGCGGCGACGCCGCCGGGGCACGCGGCGUGGGCGGAGCGCGCGCGGAAGCUCGCAGCCGAAUACCCGGCCCAGUUCCGCAUCGCCGCCGAGGCGGCGGCCUUCGACGACCCUUACACGCGCGGCCACGGCACCACCGUGCUGCAGACCAGCGCCGGGGGCAAGGCCGACGGGCGCCUGUUCCUGCGUUACGAAGCCGAGCGCCCCCCGCCUGCCGAGGACACGCGGACCGAGGAGUGGGACGGCGAGGAAGACGCUGGACCCGGCGCCGAGGGCUUGCGGGGCGCCGAGGAGCGCGCGGACCUUGGGCGCGCGUUCGCGACGAAGCCGGAGCAGCCGGAGGACUUCGAGUGGGUACCGGAGCCGCAGUUGACGGCCGAACAGAUCGAAGAGAUCGAGAACAGGAUCGGCGGCGGUCUGAUCGAGGAGGUUGUGGACCGGGCUCAGGCCGAGCUCGACCUCGUGGAUUUUAUGUGCCAGUCUAAGGUGUGGGAAGACCUCGAAGAGAAGCCGGCCGAGGGUCAGUGGACCUACUUUGAGCGGACACCGACGCAUUAGAUGAGGCCUAUGGAGCUACAUACACGUUGGUUCCCCCCUACGGUCGAUAGUCGCCAACCCAGCGGAAAAUACCGAGGGAUCGUGGAUACGCGAAGGGAUAGAACGUGCGUACAAUAGAGAAGGAGAAAGGAAAGAGUAAUAAAAAAAGUUGGUUGUACAUACAGAUCUACGAGCUAGGUUUCUGAUUACGGAUAUUGCUGCUGCGUAGUUUCGCUGGCAGCCUCGAUAGAGUGCUCAAGUCCAGUUAUCGCCGGAUGAUUUCACUAAGGGUGAACAGGAAGUUAGUGUUGACGAGGAGUCAACGAUGCGUAGCGCAGGACCAUUCUUACCCAGGCAGGAUAAAUUCCGGCACGCAGAUAUAUACGAGUGCAUAUGUCGUUCGUCCACUUCUUAGGCAGGGAGGAUAUAACAAAUAUAUGUGUAGCCUGGGCCAGCGUUCAUCUUACAACAUAUAGCGCCGAAGAGAACGCCGAUAACGACUCAGGAGGUAAACAAAGGAGAGAAAAUAGGAAAAUGGGAGUUGUACCUAUAGAGCGAUGAGAGAUGAACAUUGCUAUUGCUAGGGGAGUUAGG